AUGGGCAAGAAACACAAGAGAGGGUCCCAGAGCUCUCAUGCGGGUCUUCAGCGAGAUGCUUCGAACACAUCUUCAAACAAUCUGUCGCCAAAGACUCCAGCUACCCGUCACAGCGCCGGUUCAGGAUCAUUCCUCUCCGAUCCAGGCUUUGGUGAGCCCAGUCCAGAAAAAGAGCUGAGGAAGGACAUCAACAAUCUCCGCAUCACCGAAACCUCAGGGGGUGUUCAGCUUCCCGGACUUCCAUUCAAGACUUUCAAAAACGAAACCUUGAUCACCCCCAACGGCGAACCAACUGUUCUUCCUGCCACGUCUCCUACUGAAGCUGCUUCAGCGAUCUCCAGACUGUCUGCUGCAUCUCUAUCGUUCGUGCCUGUCACACCCUCUCCAAAGCCAAUUACCAAGCCCAUUUACCACGCAGAACCCGCAGGCCUCCCAACUCCGCCAACUCCUGGCUAUGAGAAAAUUCAGAAUCUGUUGCAGGAUAUUCGCGGCUCCCCAAGUCAUGGAUAUGGUGGCCAUGCUGCAAGAUGUCACGGAGGAUAUUUUCCAGGCAACAAUGGCGGAUAUAGUGGUCAUUCUAGAAGUCAAGGUGGACAUGCCCAGCAGAGCCAUUGCCACGCCCAAUUGGCUGGUAACAAUGGUCGUUACCCAACACCUCCAGGGCAUAUUGGCGGUUUGAGUAGAACACAUACUCCAAGCCCAGGUCCAUCGCCUGUUCAUUCGUACGAUUCUGUGCCGCGUGGGCCACGCAAUCCAGUUAUGCUCGCCGCUCAGCCUGCACGCCAUGUUCAAACUCUCGGCCGACGGCCACUGGGGGAAUUUCUUGCUCGCAAGGACCGAGGCAAGAAGGAUAUUCUCGUUACAGCUGAUGGCAUAACUCGCAACCACGUUCGCAUAACCGAGCGCCAGCUCCCCAACGGCAUCCCAUACCAAUCAUUCCACGAUGACUUUGACUCAUCAAAGUACAAUUUCGUCGAGGAGUUCAGGGCAAUGACGGCGGACGAGAAGGAAGGCUUCCUCACAACGAAUUCCAUUGAUAUUCUUGUUCAGAUGAAAGCUCCAGAGGAGCGAACUGGGUUAGCUACCACCGAGCCUGGUGCUAAAAUUGAGGAGUUGAAGGGAAAGAAGGGGAAGAGCAAGAACAGGAACAGGUCUACGAUUACAGAUGUGGAGGAUUCAAACGAAAGCAUGGAGUUUAAGGUCCUAAAUGUUGCAAACGAGGCCUCGGAUGUUCCUGGGAAGCCAUUUGCAAGCGUUGCAUCUAAAAGUGAAGUCUCUUCGCUCGAUGUUCUCAAAACGCUCGGUCCUGAGGUUUCCUUCUAUGCUAAGCGCUUGACCGUGACACUUGCCUUUCCUCCAUCCAAGAAUCCCGCCAAUCUGGCUCCAAUGCUUGGCGCAGGACCUGUCGCUCAAUUCACCAUUACACCACCCGCUGGCCCAGCCCAGAACUCCUCCAACUUCAUCUUGCUGAAGACGCUGGUCGACUAUAUCCACACCUUUAAGAGCCUUCACAACCUCAGUAUCAUCCUCCGUGUUCCCGCCACCCAACGCAUGCCCUUCACUAUGCGGCAACUGUACCACGUCCUCCCAUUCUACGAUCUCGGCUUUACAGACUGGGAUAUCAAAUACCUACCCGACAAUUUGAGCGUUCCUGCCAAGGUGCAAGGGUGGGCAGUUGGUCAGUUGGACCGUGAGCGGAACAAGAUUAUUGCAGAGCGCUUACGGAAGGUUGAAGAAGCUGUUUUCGUUCGAGGUAGUGUCAUGCCGGGUAUCAGCAAUGAGAACCUGAACGCUGCUGCGGCAUGUUUUAAUAACACUGUGGCUUCGAUUUCUACAUCCUCUGGUGCUCGACGUUCUCGAGGUUCUCGCUCUUCUCGUGCUUCUCAAUAG